AUGCUGACGCUUGCGUCUGCCUCCUUCACAUGGGCAUGGAAUGCUUCGUUUCCCAAGGGUGUGGUUUGUAUCACCACCGUCUACGAUUCAGAGUGGCACAAGUGCAAUGCGAACACAAGUCGGUCCUCCCAGGAGGCCUCUCAGCACGAGAUCAACGUCAACAACAUUGGAACCCAUCUCGACUGUGGACUUGGUUGCACAUCUUGUCUCAUGAUGCUGAAGAAGGGUCGAGGAGUCCAGACCACAACCCUGUUUUGCUGUCAUUGCAGCCGUCACUUUUGGUAUGUAGCGACGUCGCUUGCUGGCCCAGAAGGUUGUAAAAAAGAGAAAGGAUACCCUUGUCAAUGUAGCCUCGGACGGGGGGAUCGUGUCAUCUCAUCUAGCGCCAUCGUGCGUUGGAAAACCAAGGGACCGCCCACCUCGCCCUUGACGUCAUUUCUUGCAGAAAAGUGCUUGCUGGCCAUUCUCUCUUUUAGCGUGGCUCUGCACAACCGACCGAUGACGCCACGAAUGGGAAUCGGUGGUGAUGAGAGAAUUCCUGCCAGGUAG